AAAAACAGCUGUGCUAGGUGGAUUUUUCUUUGGAGCCGGGAGCCCAGUUGGUUAGGAGUAUUUUGUUAUAUUUGCUUAAGAAUACAAAAAAUUCCUCAAUUAAAUUUAGAAAAUUAUGAAAAUAUUUCUAAGGCCCCGUCUUAUUCAACAACUUAGCAACAUCUACAAAAGAAGAUGGCUAACACAAGGAUGCACAGAAACAAAAGAUUUAGAGUUAACAAAUGACAUAAAACAUCGAAUAGAAAAAUAUUGGCGGGCCUCUCUCAGUCGGGGCAAUUUCAAUCUUCAGUCUUUGGAUAACAAAUUCUAUGUGUUGUCCAUGUUCCCCUAUCCUUCGGGAAAUCUACACAUGGGCCAUGUGCGUGUUUACACUAUCAGCGAUACGGUGGCGCGUUUUCAGAGAAUGUGUGGUCUUAAUGUCUUCCAGCCCAUAGGUUGGGAUGCCUUUGGAUUGCCGGCAGAAAAUGCCGCCAUACAGCGUGGCAUAGAACCUAAAGAGUGGACAGAACAAAAUAUUUUGCAAAUGAAACAGCAGCUGCAGGACUUGGGCUGUUCCUUUGAUUGGAAGCAUGAAAUGUCCACAUGUAGCCCUGAGUAUUAUCGUUGGACCCAGAAACUAUUCCUUAUGCUGCAUAAAGAGGGUUUGGCCUAUCAAAAUGAGGCUCUGGUAAACUGGGAUCCGGUGGACAAAACUGUGUUGGCAGAUGAGCAAGUGGAUGCAAAUGGUUGCUCUUGGAGAUCGGGAGCCAAAGUCGAAAAGAAGCUACUCAAACAAUGGUUUAUAAAGACAACAGCCUAUGCCAAACAACUCUUGGAUGGUUUGGAGGAUCCCACUUUGAGGGACUGGCGUGAUAUAAUUAAUCUACAAAGACAUUGGAUAGGGGAAUGUGAUGGCUAUAGUUUUCAGUUGUUGACAUCGGCUGCCACCUCUCUAAGGGUUUGGACCCCCAAUCCGGAACACUUUAAAGACCCCAAUGCGUUUGUAGUACUUAAAACCACUCACUACUUGGCCAAAGAUAAGAAAAAUGCUUUCGACAUCACCAUAGAGAAUCCCUUUACGGGCACCAUAAUGCCCGUUAUUUUCAGUGACACGCCAGUGUUUGCCGAUAAAUGUGAUGUCUAUUUAGCCGCGCCUAGUUUUGUGGAAGAGGACAAAGAACUGCAGGAAUCGUUAAGUUUAUCAUUCUUUGCCAGCGAAGAUUUAAAUACCAAGAAACAUAAUUUGGAGGCCAUGCGUCUGGAUGUUUUGGAAUCCGCCAAAAGACUGAAGAUAGGAGGUUUUAAGGUUUCAUCAAAGCUGCAGGAUUGGCUUAUAUCACGGCAACGCUAUUGGGGAACCCCCAUACCCAUAAUACAUUGCGAUAAGUGUGGUGUGGUGCCAGUGCCGGAUGAACAACUGCCUGUGGUAUUGCCCGAAAAAUUAGAAAUUGAUAAAAAUCGUCAAGAGGGUCUAAAAUGCACAUGUCCCAAGUGUCAAAGCCCCGAAGCCACGCGUGAGUCUGAUACAAUGGACACAUUUGUGGAUUCCUCCUGGUAUUAUUUGCGCUAUUUGGAUCCUCAAAAUAGUGAAGCCAUUUUUGAUCAAAAUCUCGUAUCACAAACAAUGCCUGUGGAUUUGUAUAUAGGCGGCAAAGAACAUGCUGUGCUACAUUUGUAUUAUGCCCGCUUUAUGAAUCAUUUUCUGCACUCUCAGGGUCUGGUGCAUUGCUCAGAGCCCUUCUCACGCCUUCUAGUACAGGGCAUGGUUAUGGGCCGCUCAUUUCGCAUCAAGGGCAGUGGGCGCUAUGUGCAAGAACAUGAGGUGGAUAUUGUGAAUGCCAAAAAGAAUCAAGCUGUGUUGAAGAAGACCAAAGAACCCGUAAUCAUGACAUGGGAGAAAAUGUCCAAAUCAAAAAUGAAUGGGGUGGAUCCAUCGGAUAUGUUCCGUGAAUAUGGUACCGAUGCUACCCGGCUCAUAGUACUGGCAGAUGUGGCUCCCACCUCGCAUAGGAAUUGGUCCAGUGCCACUUUCCCUGGCAUUUUAAAUUGGCAAAAGCGUUUGUGGCUUACCGUCAAUGAGUUUUGUGAGCUACGCUCCUCGUCAGAGGAAAACGAGAAAAUCGAUGUAAAUAGCCAAGAAUUCCUAGCGGAAGAUGAAAAACUCUUCGAUGCCAGAAAUUUUUAUGUCAAAGGAGCAACUUUCAAUUUUAGACAUACCCAUCAGCUUAGUGUGGGCAUUUCUAAAAUGCAGGGUCUUACGAAUUCAUUAAGGCGCACCCCCAAACAUGUCAUGAGAUAUGGCAAGCAAUAUGAACGUGCCUUAGCCUCACAAAUAAUUAUGCUAGCACCCAUGGCUCCUCAUUUUGCCUCGGAGCUUUGGUCAAAAUUUGCCUCAGCCAGCAAUCGCAUAAAUUCCACUUCCCCUGAGCUGCAAUGGCACGAAGAUGUACUCUCGCAAAGAUGGCCUGAAAUUGACCAGGAGUACCAAUUGGAUUUAGCCAUAAAAGUCAAUGGUUUUGAAAAUUGUUGCAUUAAAAUACCACGCAGCCAUAUCGAUAAGGUGACACACAACGACGCCUUGGAUUUAGCAUUUAAUACGGAUUCAGUGACUUCAUAUUUGAUAGACAAGAAAAUACGCACAACAAAUUUUGUUUUAUAUCCCGGUAUUGAGGCCAUACUCAAUAUAUAUGUAGACAAAGUAAAGCAAGAAAAGAAGAAUCCAUCAACGGAUCCUCCAAAUGAGGAGGCAUUGCAUUAAAAUUGCUGCUGAACCAAUAGACUUCAUUUGUUUGUUAGUUAAGAUAAAUUAUUUUUGUUUCAUUUAGAUUUUAUUGUUGUAGUUUAUUAAGUUAUUCUUAAGGACUUGGAAAUAUAAUGAGAAGCACUUUUGUGGCAAAGUAAAAGUAAAAAAUAAAAAAAAAAAAUACAAACUU